UUCAAUUUAUUUAUUUUCACUUCAGUUUUUAUUGUUUCUUAGCAAAUCACCUAACUUGGGUCCAAGGCUCCGUUGCAUAAUGUGUUGUCUAGUGAGUCGGGUUUGGUCAGUGUUCUGCUUUAAUUACCUUACUCUUCUCUAACCAAAUCUUAAAUAUGAGCUUUCUAUCUGAAGUGUGAGAUUGAUUUGUCCAUAAUUAUAGGCCUUUGCCACAUGAAAUACCAUACUGUACUUCUUUCUUAUCUUUACAUUCUGUCCCUCUGGAGGUUUGUUACUACUGGGAAUUGAAAGAAUUUCUUUCACCUUCAGGGUCUUUAUGAUUCAAAUUUUACUUCCUCUUAAAAUCACAGUACUUGAGAGUAAAGAGAGUCUUCACCUUACUAGUUUGUAGAAAUUGGGAACCAAACAAAGGAAGGGUUUUGACCAAAUGUCAUGCUUGUUUAACCACAGUGCUUGGAUAGGACAUUGUUCCAACUUAAAGACCAACACUUUUGGUAUUUUUACAAGCUACACAUCUUGGGAUCCCAGAACUAUUUUAAAGGAUGGGCAAUGUUUGAGGUCUGAGUUCUAACAUACAUAUUAACAAAUUGUGCUAGAGAAAACUUGCACAUUGAGAAAAACUUUGCAACCUAGUCACAUCAUUUUCUACCAAAUAUUACUUAGAACUUUAUGGUUUUGAAUUCCCUAGUUAUAGAAUAUCUUCAUUUUGUUAGUGUUCUAUGAAGGUUUCUAAGUAAAGUUGCUUCUCUUGUAACUCGCUCAAAUGUCCAUUUUUUUCAGUCAUGAGGUUUUACUUUUUCUGUUACCACAUAAAAGUGAUAACGUUAAAUAUCUGUCUCAACAUAGAAAGGGCACUCACUGCUGCUGGCUGGGCAUGGUUUCCUGCAUGGAUGAUGAUCUAAAGCCCUGUCCUCCACAGUCCCUAACUGGCUGUCACCAAGAGCCCAUUGCUGUAAAAUGUCUAACUACAAGUGUUUUAACAUGGUAAUAGGAAAAUAUAAAUAAUGUAUGGUUAACCAAAUUCAAACUCUCAGUCUCAGGUAGUGCAGAUACUUUUUCCAAGACCUCAAAAGUAACUAAGACCUUUAUUCUUUCUGCUUAUGACAGCUAACAUAACUUGCAUAAAUCAAUAGGCCUUUUUGGAAAGGUGCAUUGAGAGCUGGGGUUGUUUCUUUGGCAUUCUUAUGUACAAAUAAGCAUGGUUUCAAAAAUGUAUCCUAAUAAAAAGAUGAAAUCUUGAGUCCUACAAAGGUAAGAAUUUCAAUGUCCUAAUUUAACGGACAAAAUAUAGAUAAGAGGUAAAUAAAGGACAUGGGCUCAAUGGCACAUUAAAUAAAACUUUUCUAAGGAAGUAAAAUGAAUAUAAUAAUUAUAUUUAUUUCAGGGGCUUGUGGAAGUCUUUUGCUAUUCAGAAUUAAAGCUUAGUUAACUAUUAUAAACAAUGUCACGCAGCAAUAUAAUAAGGAUAUGGCAGAAUUAUUAGAAACACACGUAAUUGUACUUACAAGAAAUAAAAAUAGAAUUGGUGGUGUAGUAACUGGUUAGGACUCUGGGCGUCGCUGUUCGCCCAAGUGGGAGAGAAGCUGUCGCGGAGGCGAUCCGACUCUCUGCUCCCACGUUACUAAACGCUCACAGAUCAGACAAGCUCUCCGGAGGGGAAAAAAAACCAACCAUCCGCGUCCGGCUUCCCUUUUCGUCCUGGAAUUUAGACGCAGCGGCUUUAGGAAAAUAAGGAGACAGCCAGGCUGAACCAGGACUAGGAGACGACUGGGCAGAGAGGAGGCGAUGGCGAGUCCGCCGAGGCGCUGGGGCUGCGGAGAGCUGCUUCUGCUGUGCGCGUUCCUGGGGACGCUGUGUGACACGGGAUCCGGGCAGAUCCGCUACUCCGUGCCCGAGGAGCUGGAGAAAGGCUCCUUCGUGGGCAACGUCGCCAAGGACCUGGGGCUGGAGCCUGAGGAGCUGGUGGAGCGGGGAGUCCGCGUUGUCACCAAAGGCAGGACGCAGCUUUUCUCUCUGAAAGCCAGAACUGGCAGCCUGGUCACCGCGGACAGGAUAGACCGGGAGGAGCUCUGCGCCCAGAGCGCGCCGUGUCUGGUGAGUUUUAACAUCUUGGUUGAGAAUAAAAUGAAAAUUUAUGGAGUGGAAGUAGAAAUAAUCGAUAUUAAUGAUAACUUCCCGCGCUUCCGGGAUGAAGAAUUAAAGGUUAAAGUCAAUGAAAAUGCGGCCGUGGGGACGCGGCUGGUGCUCCCCUUUGCGCGGGACGCGGAUGUGGGCGCGAACUCCCUCCAGAGCUACCAGCUCAGCGCCAACCUGCACUUCUCUCUGGAUGUGAUAAGCGGGACGGACGGGCAGAAGUACCCGGAGCUGGUGUUGGAGCAGCCCCUGGACCGCGAGAAAGAGGCUGUUCACGACCUCCUCCUCACAGCUCUGGAUGGCGGAGACCCGGUCCUCUCCGGCACCACGCACAUCCGCGUGGCGGUUCUCGACGCAAACGACAACGCGCCCCUGUUCACCCAAUCCGAAUACCGAGUGAGCGUUCCCGAGAGCAUACCUGUGGGCACUCGGCUGCUCACGCUAACCGCCACCGACCCAGACGAGGGAAUAAACGGGAAAUUGACCUACUCUUUUCGCAAUGAAGACGACAGAAUUUCCGAGACUUUUCAACUUGAUUCCAACCUGGGGGAAAUCUCAACUACUCAAUCACUGGACUAUGAAGAAUCCAGAUUCUACCUCAUGGAAGUGGUAGCUCAGGAUGGAGGCGCUCUUCUUGCCAGUGCUAAGGUGCUGGUCUCAGUACAGGAUGUGAAUGACAAUGCCCCCAAAGUGACCCUCACCUCUCUCACCAGUUCUCUCUCUGAAGACUGUCCUCCCGGAACUGUGAUUGCACUGUUUAGUGUGCACGACGGUGAUUCUGGAGAGAAUGGUGAGAUUGCAUGUUCUAUUCCCAGGAACCUGCCUUUUAAACUGGAAAAGUCAGUUGAUAAUUACUACCACCUAUUGACAACAGAAGCCCUGGACAGAGAGGAGAUUUCAGAUUAUAAUAUCACCAUAACAGUCAUUGACCAUGGAACCCCACCCCUAUCUACAGAAAACCACAUCUCUCUGAAAGUAGCAGAUGUCAAUGACAACCCGCCUGCCUUCCCUCAUGCCUCCUACUCCACCUCCCUCCCAGAAAACAACCCCAGAGGCAUCUCUAUCUUCUCUAUGACUGCCUUCGACCCUGAUAGUGGUGACAAUGCCCGGGUCACUUACUCCCUGGUCAAAGACACAUUUCAGGGGGUUCCUCUAUCUUCCUAUGUGUCCAUUAACUCUGACACCGGUGUCCUGUAUGCUCUACAAUCCUUUGACUAUGAGCAGUUGAGAGACUUGCAGAUGUGGGUGACAGCCAGCGACAGUGGGAAUCCACCGCUAAGCAGCAACGUGUCACUGAGCCUGUUUGUGCUGGACCAGAAUGACAAUGUACCGGAGAUCUUGUACCCUGCCCUUCCUACUGAUGGUUCUACGGGUGUGGAACUGGCACCCCGUUCUGCAGAACCUGGCUACUUGGUGACCAAGGUGGUGGCAGUGGACAGGGACUCAGGCCAGAAUGCCUGGCUGUCCUACCGCCUGCUCAAGGCCAGCGAUCCCGGGCUCUUCUCGGUGGGGCUGCACACGGGCGAGGUGCGCACAGCAAGGGCCCUGCUGGACAGAGACUCACUCAAACAGAGCCUGGUGGUGGCCGUCCAGGACCAUGGCCAGCCCCCUCUCUCAGCCACUGUCACGCUCACCGUGGCCGUGGCUGACAGUAUCCCUGAAGUCUUGGCUGACCUGGGCAGCAUCAAGACCGCUGCUGAUCCCUAUGAUUCAGGCCUCACCCUGUACCUGGUGGUGGCAGUGGCCUCAGUCUCCUGCGUCUUCCUCGCCUUCGUCAUUGUGCUGCUGGCGCUCAGGCUGCGGCGCUGGCACAAGUCACGCCUGCUGCAGGCCUCAGGAGGUGGAUUGGCAGGCCUGCCCGCCUCGCACUUUGUGGGUGUGGACGGGGUGCGGGCUUUCCUGCAGACCUAUUCCCACGAGGUGUCCCUCACCGCGGACUCUAGGAAGAGUCACCUGAUUUUCCCCCAGCCCAACUACGCGGACACGCUCAUUAGUGAAGAAAGUUGUGAAAAAAGCGACCCUCUUCUGAUAUCUGAUAAGGUAAAUGCAAGCAAAAAAGAACCCGGAGUUGUUCAGGUUAGUUUUCUCUUUCAGUAAGGAUGACUAGAGCAUUUUCUUCAUUUGCUUCCUCAUUCAUUUUUCUGGCAUAUUCGAAAUCAGCUGAUUUUAUAAAGGGUGAAUCAGUAUUUGCUCUAUUGAAGAUUAAUUUGAUUUUAUUUGAUAACUGAUGCUUUCUUCAUUUGUUUUCAAAUUAUAUUUUGGGUUUAAUGUCUUCUUUUGUGAAUAUGGGGAUGUUUUCGAAAAUCUAGUGAUAUCCGUAGACUUAAGUGAAACAAAUAUCUUAAAAGAAAGUGGUUAAAAAUAAUCCUUUUACCCAAGAUUUUGUUAUAUUGGAAUUGCUAGUCUGUUAAUAGAAGAGUUGGUUUAUUAGUUCAAAUUGUCCUGUUUUGAAUAUUUACUUAGACACCAUUAGUGAAUGUGUUUUGGAAAGGAUAUUGUAUAGGAUUGAUAUUUUCGUAUAACUGAAGGUUGCAUAGGGAAAUAAUUAACAAUAUUUGCAUAAGCCAGUAGAAGAGUGCAGAAAAUUUUUGCAUGAUCAAUAUCAGAAAAAAAGGUUAAUUUUAUAGUGAUGAAUAUGAUGUGUGCAACAUUCUGAAAUCUGGAAAGUUUGAACUUAAGCAUGUAAUAAUUGGAUAUGUGGACUUAUUGAGAGAAGAAAUCAAUGGGAAGGAACAUAGAGUUCAGCUUUAUUCUGUGAUACAAAGUUUAACUGUUUAGAGUUUAAAGUCUCCAAAGAGUUAGAUACUGCUGCAUUCAAAUAAACAUCAAUAUGCCAUACACCUAGCAUCUUCUGGUUACAAGUAGUCCUUUUGCUUAUUAGAAUCAAUACCUACUGAAAUGUUCGCAUUUCUUCAAGUAUAAGUACAAUUCUACUCUAUUACCAGAGUCUAAGGUUUGUAUUUGCAAAAUGAAUUCAACUUAGGAACCGUUUGAAAUUUUAAAAUUCAUUUCGGAGGGAUGUGCUAACCUUAAAUUAAUAGGUUUUUCUUAAUGAAAUGCCAUUCGAUGAGUCUCAAAUUCCAGUAGCAUGUGUUGGGUAAUGAAAGAACUACUUGAUUUUGUGCAUGUGUUUGCUGAAGAUGAUUUUCUUCUUAAAAUAGUUUUAAUCUCCCAAGUGUUGUACUUUUAACACCGUUAACAUCAGCUGCAAAUAAUGAAUAUAUGAUGGAAAUGAUAAUAGAAUAUUAUUUGUGGGAUAGUAAGCUACAUUACUGAACCACUUGAAAGGUUUAUUGACACAUUGAGGAACCUAAGACCACUUGAUUUUUAUUUUUUAAACAGUUAUUUAAUUAAAUGUAUAUAUGCACAAUUCUGAUCUCCAUGUAAAAUGUGCAGAUUCCUUAAAUAGUGAGUAAAUGCAUACAAAGGGUAAUAAGAGACUCUGUAUGGUAGGUGCUGACAUUAUUCACUCUUAUGUGAAAACUCACAUUUCCAUAUUUUUAAAAGACAAGGUUAGAGAUUUAGUGAAGUAUCCUCUGAGUUAACUUUUUUUGUUGUUUGUUUGUUUGAGACAGAGUCUCGCUUUGUUGCCUA